AUGGCUCGCGAAAGCAGUGCUGGAUUCGACAGACAUAUUACUAUAUUUUCUCCAGAAGGCAGACUUUAUCAAGUUGAAUAUGCACUGAAGGCAAUUAACCAAGGUGGACUAACUUCGGUGGCACUGCGCGGCUCGGAAGCCGCAGUAGUGGCCGCGCAGCGCAAGGUGCCAGAUCGCCUGCUGGACCCGGCCUCCGUCACACACCUGUUCCCGCUAACUAGCCACAUUGGUUGUGUCAUGACUGGCAUGAUUGCGGACAGCAAGUCACAGGUGCAGCGCGCCCGCUACGAGGCGGCCAAUUGGCAAUACAAGUACGGCACAGAGAUCCCCGUGCACACGCUGUGCCGCCGCAUUGCCGACAUCUCGCAGGUGUACACGCAGAACGCAGAGAUGCGUCCGCUCGGAUGUAGCAUGAUGCUGAUCGCUUACGACGCGGAGAGCGGGCCGGCCGUGUACAAGACGGACCCCUCGGGCUACUACUGCUCGUACAAGGCCGUGGCUGCAGGCUCCAAGGCCACAGACGCCAACGCCUACCUCGAGAAGAAGUUGAAGAAGCGGUCAGAGCUGAGUACAGAUGAGGCAGUACAGCUGGCCAUCUCGUGCCUGUCGCAGGUGCUCGCCGUUGACUUCAAGGCCUCCGACAUAGAGAUCGGACUCGUCACCAAGGACAACCCACGCUUCCAAGUGUUAACGGAGAGCGAGAUCGACAGGCAUUUGACCGCGAUCGCCGAGAAGGAUUAA